AUGGGUGUCAUCUCAUUCUACUUCGAAUCCGACCAGCCGAUAGAAAAAUACUUGGACCAACUAGCCGCAGUAGUCUCUAGCAUGGGCUCUCGAUAUGUAGUGGUUGGAGGCGACGCAAAUGCCUGGAACACCUGGUGGGGCAGCAAAAAGACCGACAGCAGAGGGGAGACCUUGUUUGGGGUUUUGGAGCUCGACCUGCAGAUACUCAAUCAGGGUAGCACCCCUACUCUCGACACGAUUAGAAGAAAUAAAAGGUACUCUAGCCGUGGCGACAUUACGGCGUGCUCACUGAACGCACUCUUGUUAGUGUCGGAUUGGAGGGUGGAUGACAGCGUGACAAGUUCGGACCACAAUGCUAUAGUGUUAUGUAUAAACCUGAAGAAGGAGAGGCCUAUGAUCAUCAGUGGAACGACGCGUAAAUUCUGCGUUUUGCACAAAGCUCACCCAGUUGCAAAACGAAAAUUUCAUCGAAAGCGGAUAUAUCGACGCACUCGACAAUAUCGUCUAAUAGCGAAGGCAUGCGAAGCUAGCAUGCCAAUCAGGAAGAUAACAGUGCGCUAUAGUCUACCCUGGUGGAAUGAUGCACCGAUCCGAAGCGACAGAGUCAUAGAAGAGUAUCUGGAGGCAAAGGAACUCUAUGAAUCGCUUGCUAAGACAACGCAGAUCGCGAGCUGGAAAGCGUUCUGUGAGCAACAAGACAAAGAGGGUCUGUGGGAUGGGAUAUGCAGGGUCAUAGGUUGA